AUGGGCAAAGACUCGCAGACCCGGAGGGUGAUGUGGGAAUCCAUUGUGAAAAUGCGGACUGAGUUACAGAAGUUGGACAAAAUACUCAAGGAUAUACAAGAGCUCGGCCCCGACCCACAGGAAUACAUGAACAUCUCCCAGGGGUUAUCUCAGAUACCCACUCAACUGACAGGUCCGAGCUCAGAGAUCACCGAGCUCCUGGCAAGCUGUGACGAUUCCCAGCUGCUGCGGUUGACGGAUAUCUACCGGGACAGGCUGGAGCAGGCGAUGGAAGGAGGGGUGCACGGAGUGAGCCUGGCGUUAAUGGCCAAGAAUCAGUUCAACGGAGAGGAACAUCGGAAAAUCUCUGAUCUCGCUGAUAAGGGAGAGCAAGCGGACAGUUCUGAACUCCUCCUGAGCCUGGUGAUGGAGAAAGGCUCCCGCGCCCCGAGGGUGAUGUGGGAAACCUUUGUGAAAAUGAGGAAUUGUGUCCCCAAGUUGGACAAAAUACUAAAAGAAAUUGAGAAGCAUGGUAAGAUAAUAUCAAAUACUAAAUUAAUUUUGGAAUCAAUUUGUCCACUGUCUGUUCUGAUGGAAGAUGUUCAACAGAAACACAAGGAGACUCUACGGGCACAAACUGAAACACUGAGAGUGAACACGAUCCUGAUGAGGGAGAAGGUGAAGGUUUUCCAGCUGAUUGAUCGAUACGCUGAGCUCACGGUCAUUUCUACUGUUCGAGAUCGGAGACUGGUGGAGCAUGAGCUGCUGGCAAGAGGCAGAGACCACGAGGAGUGGAGAGAAAAACAUCUCCGCGGAGAGCUCGAGAAAAUCCAGACGGAUCAAUUGUUCCAGAGCAGCUUUUCCCGGAUUAAAUCCAAAUCUGGGAGUUCGGCAGCACUGGCUGGAGUUCCAGGGAUCGGGAAAACAACAUUGGUACAAAAGAUUGUUUAUGACUGGGCCAUGGGGAAAAUAUACCAACAAUUCCAGUUUGUCUUCAGUUUCAGAUUCCGGGAUUUAAACCAUAUUACCUGCAGAAUAAACCUGAAAGAACUGAUUCUAGAUCAGUAUCCCUUCUUUGGUAAUAUCCUGAAAGAGGUCUGGAAGAACCCACAGGGAUUGCUGUUUAUAUUCGAUGGUUUGGAUGAAUUCAAAGACAAAAUUGAUUUUUCUGACAGUCGGGGACACACAGAACCUCCAUCCACAUGCACAGAUCCUGAAUUCAAGUGCAAGGUGUCUGACAUUGUGUACAGUUUAAUCCAGCACAAGCUGCUCCCAGGGUGUUCAGUACUGGUGACCACCCGUCCCACUGAGUUACAUUCAUUGGAAAAGGCUGAGAUCAGUGUCUGGGCUGAAAUCCUGGGAUUUGUUGGUGAGGAACGGAAGGAAUAUUUCAUCAGGCAUUUUGAAGAUCAGACGGUGGCGGCAGCUGUUUUCAAACACGUGAAGGAGAACGAGAUCCUGUACACCAUGAGCUACAACCCCUCCUACUGUUGGAUCCUCGCACUGGCACUAGGCCCGUUCUUCACACAAAGAGUCAGAGACCCACAGCGAGUUCCCAAGACCAUUACCCAACUGUACUCCUACUAUAUUUACAACAUCCUGAAAAACCACGGCCGUGAGAUUGAGAAACCCCGUGAUGUGUUACUCAGGGUUGGUCAGAUGGCCUUCAGAGGAGUGUCUGAGAAGAAGAUUGUAUUUACAGAUGGAGAUUUGAUCAAGUACAAUCUGCAGCCUUCCCAGUUCCUGUCCGGGUUCCUGAUGGAGCUUUUGGAGAGAGAGGAUUCUGCCCGGUGUGUGGUGUACACAUUCCCACACCUCACCAUCCAAGAGUUUGUAGCUGCAGUCGCACAAUUCCUGAAUCCACAUCCCGGAGAUUUCCUGAAAUUCCUCACUGAAGCCCACAGCACAACAGAUGGGCGAUUUGAGGUAUUUCUCCGUUUUGUUGCUGGUCUUUCCAACCCAAUGACAGCUCGGGGUCUGGAGGAAUUUCUGGGUCCAUUUCCUCAUCAAACAACCUGCCGGGUGAUUGACUGGGUUAAGGAGGAGGUUAAAUGUCAGAGUAGAAACACGAGGAGUGAAGCUGGUAAAAGCAGCCUCCUGAACACAUUGCACUACCUGUUUGAGUCUCAGAAUCGUGGACUGGCACAGGCCACACUGGGAUCUGUGGAAACACUUUCUUUCAGUGGAAUGACAUUGACCCCGAUAGACUGCGCGGUCCUGUCGCAUGUCAUCGGACUCUGUGAUACAAUUAAACACCUCAACCUGGAGAACUGCCACAUUCAGUGUGAAGGAAUCGAGCGGCUGGGACCCGGACUGCACAAGUGCCUGGAGUUGAGCCUCAGGGGUAAUGACCUCAGAGAUUCAGGAGCGAAACUGGUGUCUGCGGGUCUGAGGCACCCGGAAUGUAAAAUACAGAAACUGGGGCUGAGGGAUGUCGGUCUCACAGAUUCUGGUGCCGUGGACCUGGCCUCCGCUCUCAGUAUAAACCCAUCACUGACGGAGGUGUACCUGAGUGAUAAUAAACUGGGAGAUUCAGGAGUGAAACUGUUGUCUGUGUCUUUGAGGAAUGCGGAGUGUAAAAUACAGAAACUGGAGUAAGUAAGACUGUGGGAGAUUGUGUUUACAGUUUCUGGGUGUCUCACACCGAACACUAAUGUGAUCAGUAAUUGUAUUACUGAUAAACAGUGGGGAUUUGUACCGUCUCCUGUCUCUCUGUGUCCUUCACCCUCACUCUCUCUCAUCUCCAGGCUGUGGGAUGUCGGUCUCACAGAUUCUGGUGCCGAGGAUCUCGUCUCCGCUCUCAGUACAAACCCAUCACUGACGAGGCUGAACCUGGGAUUAAACUCACUGACAGACCGAUCCGUCCCUGCUCUCCGCCGCCUCAUACUGACCCUCUCGAAUCUGAAGUGGAUCAGGCUGGCGGGGAAUCGGUUCAGUCGGACCGGGAGGAAGGAACUGGGAUCUCUGCAGGAACCCAGACCCGGACUGACAGUGACCUGUUGGGCCCCGCCUCUUCCCAUUUACCCCCACCGUCUGCACCGCUUCCCAUUCCCUCCUGUCGUCCGAUCUCCCAGUGGAAUCUGUCCCUUCCCAUGCAUUCACACCGUCUGCCUCCCAAUGGGAACCCUUCAGCUCAUUUCCAACGGGAAUGGGAUCCUGGAAAUUGGCGGGGACGCUUGA